GUAGGAGUGAAUCCUCUCUCUUCGUCAGAGCACUCUGAGCUUGUGUGGCACCAUAAAUAUUUCAGUCUCUGUCUAGUAGCGUCAGAUCCUUCCACACCCGGCGUUUGUUGUGGCUGAGUUUCUAUUGUUUUACGUUCGGAAGGUUUUCCAAACACCGAUAUUUUGAUGGUUUUGCGUUAGUGUGUGUCGUUAUAUCGGUGCAAAGGGGGAAGUUCGUCUGUCGAUCCUGUUAGGUGGCUCGUUAAUGUAGGGUUAGCUAGCGUUGAGUUCGCUAGCACAUGCUAACGUACGCAAACGUAAGCUGUAAAGCAGCGUCACCUUGUUAAUUUACAAUCUCGAUGGAGAUGGUUUGAUGAAGUGGUGUCCUUAUGCUUACCUGGAUGCCGGACAUUGACACUAAAAAGGAGAGCUUAUUUGACCGAUUGGUGAGCUAAAAGCUAACGUUAGCAUCCAGCACCUUUUGCUUGAGUUUGGCUCGAUUCACUUUAAACACCAGAACACAUCACUGCUGUCAAAAUGAUGGACUUCGAUAAUAUACUGGACAUCGCUACUCAAAACAAAGGUGGCAGCUCUUCACAGAAGAGGUACAGUUUACAAGCUGGCCCACCCAAAAAGGAUCCAAAGUCGAGAGGCGUAAAUCCUGCUGCUGUGCAGGCACUACUGAAAAAGCAAGUGACUGACGCCAAAAAGAAAGAAGUUAAAAUGAGGAAACAGAAGGACGAACUACUAGCCAAGAGGGUGGAACUGAAGUCGGACCGUAAAGCCCGAGCCAUGGCUUCCAGAACUAAGGACAAUUUUAGAGGCUAUAAUGGAGUCCCAGUGGUAGAUGUUCCUAAGAAGAGGAAAACAAAACAAGAAAUGGAGGAAGAAAGAUCAAUGAACCAGGACAGACUUGGGAAUUACUCUAAUGAUCCAGAGGAUGAUGAGGACAAUUAUGAGUAUGAUCAAUCAGAUUCAGAACCAGAACAGGAGCCAGAGCCACUGAGACCAGGGAAAAAUACUGGUGUUAAUGGGAAUAGUAGGAUUGUUAACACCUCCUCUAAGAAAUCCAGUGGGGCCCCAAAAGCUGCUUCUGCUCCCAUGAACUUUGCAGACUUAUUGAAAUUAGCAGAGAAGAAGCAGUUUGAGCCAGUUGACUUAAAACCCAAGACGGCGAUAAAGGAAGAGAGGCUCCGCACAGCUGACGAGAUACGGGAAUUGGAGGUGGAGCGUAGGGCUAAGAGACCAGACAAAGACAAAGACCCAAAGGCAGAUCGAGAAAGAGAUCGUAAACCCCACUCUAGCUCUGGUUCAAUGAGACACAGCUCUUUAGAGAAGGAGCAGAAGAACGGCAAACCACAAAAGUACUCCCAAGAAAAGCCAAGUCAGCCCACUGGGUCAGUGAAGAAGUCCCACCAAAUCCACAAUAGCAAUAAAGGUCAUUCUUCUUCUAAGACCCCAGUAAGUGACAGAGAAAGAGAGAGACCCAAGAUGCCUCACAGUGAUAGGGACAGACCCAAGGCGAGCAUGUCUCUCCCAUCUGGUGCCAUGAACAGUAAAGUUCCUCAGAAAGCAUCAUCUUCUCAGGUUUCAGCCAAACAAGGGGGUCCCAGGCCCUUGCCUAGUCACAAAUCCAGCACCUCAAGUGACCUUAGCUUUAAAAAAGAAGGCUCAUCUCUACCUCAUGGCAGAGGUUCAGGUAUUCCUGGGAGCAGGCUUUCUGGCGCAGCUACACCAGGGCAAAAGUCUCAAAAUGGGGGCUUCUUACAGACUAGGCCAAGUCAGGGUAGCUCAUCGAAGCAAGAACUUUCCACUGGAAGCCAAAAGUCGGGAAAGGGAGAACAAAUGAGGCCUGGAAUGAAUUCUGCAGUAAAAUCAAAUGGUCAUUCAGUGAUGAGACCUUCAUCAGGCAGCCCUCAUAAGGCAGGGAGUCAACAUCAAGCAAGGCCUGCUGGUGUCCAUCAGGCGAGGCCUGCUGGCCCCCCACAGGGAAGGCCUGCUGGCCCCCCACAAGCAAGGUCUGCUGGUGUCCAACAGGCGAGGCCCGCUGGUCCCCCACAGGGGAGGCCUACUGGAAGGGGCCUGCAGGGUCACCCUGGAGGAAAUGGAUCCCGACCCCCAGGAUUUGGACCUGGUCGGCCUGGUAGUGGGGGACCAGUGCGGCCGAGUGGAACCAUGGGCUCUGGACCCGGAAGACCUAAGUGCACUGUGGUGUCGGAGACCAUCUCAUCCAAGAAUGUUGGAGGGGCCAGACCAGGAAUCCCUCCUCGCCCUGGUAUGCAGCAGAGACCUGGGGUGGCACCUAGAUCAGGGAUGCCUCCUAGACCGGGAAUGCCUCCCAGACAGGGAAUGCCUCCAAGACAAGGAAUGCCUCCUAGACCUAUGAUGAACAGACCACCAGGUACAAUGCUACCCCCCAUCACCUCUGCAUACAAGAGGAAAUACGAGGAUGAGGAAGAUGAGUAUGACUCAGAAAUGGAUGAUUUUAUUGAUGAUGAAGGAGAGGAGCAGGACCAAAUUUCCAAGCACAUCAGGGAGAUCUUUGGCUAUGACAAAAACAAAUACAAGGAUGAGAGUGACUAUGCACUUAGAUUCAUGGAGAGCAGCUGGAAAGAUAUGCAGAAAGAAGAGGCCAGGAGCCUGAAGAUGGCCGUGCAGGAAGAUCAGGAGGAGGAGAGACGAGAGGAAGAGAUAUUUAAGAGACAAAAUGUAAAGAGAAUCAAAAAAUCCUGAAGCCUCUCUACCAUUGAGAUGAUAAGAAAAACACUCUGUGUCCGGUGAAGAUGGGAAAGUGGGUCUGCCAUCUUUACAAGAGAUGCCUGGAACUCUGUCUGCAUAGGCCUCUGUUGGCAUUAUCUCCACUUUUUGCCUUCUAUUUUCCAUACUAAAACUUUAUUGGAGUGACAUAGGCCAAGAGGGAGUUGAAGAGUUUUGUGCUAAACAACCUGAGACUGUCAAAAAGAAUGCACAAAUCAUAGAGGCAUUAGGUUGUAAGGUGUGAUGAAAGGCUCUCACAUUUCCCCUGUUGUAUCAGAAGUCUCACUGCCUGAAUGCAGGGUUUACACUAUCAACAGUCCCAAUUUCCAAAAGGGAACUGUGUUGAAAAGAGAACUGAGAAUAUGCAAGAGUGUGAUUUUUUUUAAACUAACAAUGGCACACAGUGUCCAGUGUUGAUGAGAAAAAUUUUCAGCAGAAGUUGCAUAUUUUUUCAAAUCUUUGAUUGUAAAAAACAAUUGAACACGCUGAAAAAAUACUUCUGACGUGUUGUGUGUGGCUCCUUAAAAGGGUUUGAGAGGAAUUAUUAUUUCAAGGUUUUAUUUAAUCGUCCAGUUUACAACAAAGUUUGACAGUAUGUAUGAAAUGUACAGAACUUUGGUUCUUACACAAACAGAUGAGAUGAUUUUGGUUGCCAACUAAGUCAUUGAGACAUUGUUUUCUUGUCAUAUUGUGUGAAACAUUAUUUAAUAUAGUUUUAAAAAAGAAAUUAAUUUGUUGACAGUCAUUUCAUAACUGGAUAUUAUUUAUUAGAAGACUCAUCAGUCAUCAAAGUCGGCUUCAGUAACUUGUGAGUGUUUUUCUUUUUCCUUUUUGGCUUGCUAUAGGGAACGUGAAGUUAGCGGGGUCCACUACUCCUGUAUACUUCAGCUUCUUCCUUUUCAUAUGCUUCUUUAUUAUAUUGCCCCCCUCCUCUCAUGGACCUGGUAUGUCAGUAGAUACUUUUCGAGAUAUUCCAAGACACAGUCGUCUUCUGUGUGCUCAGCCAACUUCCUCAGCACCUGCUGAUGCCACCACUUGUACCUGGGCUAAAGCAGUCUCACAGCCAGACAAGAUGUGGUGAAGAGCACUCAUGUCUCCUCUGAGCCAAGCCUUUGUUCCUGGGUUAGGUUGGCUGGACUGGAAAGGGGGUCGUAUGUGGCUUUGCCUUUGCGAAUGGAACCUCCUUCUUCUGAGGGUCACUGCAUCCAGCCACUGCAUUUCAUCAUUCUUGUUUUUUCUGUGACCAACUUCUUUCAUCCCAUCAUCAUAACUUCUGACCAAAGCUUUCCUGGCUGCACCAUCUUGUGCAUCUUCAUAUUUGUUGGGUUCUCCUAUGGGUUAGUGCUUUAGCCAACCACUGCAUUCACACAAUCCUCUGCCCUCCAUGCUAUCGCUGCCCAGAUCUUGGCACUAACAUCCCUGAUCAGAUGGUUACUCGACUGGGUUCAAGUACCAGCCUGGUUUUCUCCAGCCUGUACUCCAAAGAGAUAUUCUUUAGUGGUAUGCUGUGCAUUUCUUCCAAACAAAGCGGCAUUGGAGAGGCAUUUAGGAAGAUAAAGCCACUUCCAGAUGUAGUUAUUGGCCUUCAGUGACUGCUGUUACUGUUAUCUCUCUCAUUUGGGGGCUCAUCCCAUGUUAGUGAAGCUGGAACUGGUAGCACCAGACUUUGUAUUUUCUAGGAGGGCAGCUUUGGUCCAUUCUCUUCAAUCGCUCCUUCAGUUACUCUGCAGUGCCAGGUGCUUGUCUGUGAGCUCAGCUGUGUUAUGUCCACCCUGGUGUCUCAUUGAGUGAUCUGCAAACAACGGUACUCAUCCCCCUGCCACUUGAGAAGAGACUGCGUCAGUCUGAGUGAGUUCUUAAGAGUGAGUGCCAAGAUAAGCUGCUAUCAAACUUUCUCCAAACCUCUGCACCUUUUGUCAUUGGCUUUAAGAUCUUUUUCCUGUUGGUAUAUCUCCUUCUGCCCUCUGUUUCGGCUAAAUCUGAAGCAUCUGACUUGUGUAUAGGGCAGCUUGAUGGGAAACAACUACAAAACAGAACUGGACUGAAUCCACCUUCAGGGCACACUUUUUACAACGUGAUGGGCCUUACUUUGAUUUUUAAAAUGUGAUGAGAAAUGCAUGUAACAGCUGUGCAUCGAGCUAAGUUUUAAAAUAAAUGGGCUUAUGUCUCCCACUUGAAAUAUAAAAUGCAAAAUUACAAGUCCUGACAGUUAUUUAAAGUUCCUUUUGAUAUGCACAUAAACUCUCUCACACCGAGUAACCAUCUCAGCAGUCAUGAAUGAGACUGUCCUUUUCCCCUUUCUAAAAUUCAAUGGAAUUUCCUUGGGAUGAAACCGCAUGUUUUGAAGACCUACACACAUCACACCAAAUACUGUCAUAUAUAAAAGCU